UGCUAGAGAGAGAAAAUGAGAGAGUGAGGGAGGAAAGUUUGCAGCAGAAGAGAAGCCUGUCGGAAUAUAAAGGCAAACACUGCAAAGUAGAAGAAGCGAGCAGCAGAGGGAGAUUUAAAGUUGAGUGAAAAAAAAAGACAGUAUUUGUGUGAGCGCGUUAGAGAGAAGGGCACUUAUGUUUAGGGAGAGGAGAGCAGUGAUAGAGAGGGGAAGGGAAACCCAAAGCAAAUAAACAGAGGGCGGGGGACAGAUACAUACAGAUAUGUGCUCUGCUGUGCAGGCAGGGAGGGGUGUGAUGUGACCUGUGACCCGCACAAAUCUGCUCCAGGAAUGACAGGCAUUCAGCUGAGCAGGAGCAGUCAGGCUGCGGGCACGGUGUGGGGUUGGGGUACCGGGGGACUCGAGACGGGAAAUGAAGCCUGAAGGAUAUUUACUCCUGUUAUUGAUGCUACUGCGAGGAGUGCAUGGGCACCGGAGUAUGAGAGCUGCUUGAGAGCCGGGAACGGGCCCGCCUAGAGGUGAAAACAUGGGCCAGACCUCGGUGUCCACUUUGUCUGAGCAGGCGAGCAGCGUUGAUGGCUUGGACAAAGCUACCAUUGCAAACUGUGAUGCACCAAACUCAGGCAAUCAAACGCCUCCUCUCAAGAGGAAAGGAAGGCUGUCGUCUAUAGGAAAUAUCUUUAAGCCCUGGAAAUGGAGGAAGAAAAAGGCCAGCGAGAAAUUUCAAGAGACCUCAGCAGUAUUAGAGAGGAAGAUCUCCAUGCGGCAAAGCCGAGAAGAGCUGAUAAGAAGAGGUGUUCUGAAGGAAAUUCCAGAACAGGAAGGUGAUGUGCCUGUUAGUGGGAGAACCUCCAACGGUCACACAGUGCCAAUUAGUGAGGAACCCUCAAAAGAGGAAAAAGCAAGUGCUGGAAAUGGAACUAUCGCUUCAAGAACAGAGGAACAAGAAGACAAAACCGAGAACAAGAAAGAGAGGUCUCAUGCCUGUCCAGAUGCGCCAAUUACAGCUCCAUCUCAGCCCAAAUAUAAAAAAAAUAAUCUCCCUUCCAAAAAUGCUGGUACUGUUGGCCACCAUACGAAAGCUGAUGCAGCCAAACAAGGUACAGCAAGCGCUGGUAAGCAGCCACCAGCCACUCAUCCCAAACCAACAAAUCGUGCAACAUCUCGCAGCGUUGAACACAGUGAAAAGCAUUCUGGGGCUUCUGAGUUUAAACAAAAAAAAUCUACUGCACCUUCCAAAAGCCCUGCCGCUGGGCCAAGCCAUAAGAAAGAUGAUUCCCCCCACAAAAAAACUGCCAAGGCCAAUACUAAACAACCUUCUGCUGCACCACCCAAAGCAACAGGCCGAGGUGGGAAGCAGGAAAGCGUUGGUACUUCAAACAACAAGAAAGCAGCGGUUACUAAGUCAUCUUCAACCACUCCUGCAUCCUCUUCAUCCAGGUCAAAAACUUCUAAGGAGCUGGUGCCCAGUAAAACUGGGUCAUCAAGCACUCAGAAAGCCAAAAAAGCACCCAGCAGAACCUUAUCAGAUGGGGCUUACCAUCCUUCAUCAUCACGCACAACUAAUUCUUUGGGCCAAAAGAAAUCUGAACGGACAGAGCAACCUUCUCAAAACUUGGACUCUGGAACAAAAGAAUUUGGCCAAAAGGAACUGGUUGUCACAGAACAGGAGCAGAAGCCUCAAUCUACUUCUCCUAUUCUAAAGAAAGAGGUCAAAGUCGUCUCCAGCAUCACUGCUGACCCAGCUAUGCCCAGCAGUAAAACUGUCCAACCAUCCACUCUUUGUGUGGAAAACCAGCUUCCUCAAACAGAGGCAGAAAGUACAACCAAUUUACAUGCUGAGGAGAACCCAAGUGUGAGUGAAGAAAAUGUACCAAGUGCUUUGCCAUUGGAGGAGCAGGAGGACACCUCAAGCUUGAUAAGUCAAGAGGUGACAGAUGAGACUUCUGACACCUCCACCAAUCCCGAUGUUGAUGGUGAAGGGAAAGAGAACCAAACCAGUGACUCUGACUCAGACGGACCCAUCUUGUACACAGAUGAUGAUGAUGAUGACGAUGAUGACGAAAGCACAGGAAGUUCUUUAGCAAAUAAAAUCCGUCGGAGAGAUACUCUUGCUAUUAAACUUGGAAACAGGCCAUCUAAAAAGGACCUUGAAGAUAAAAAUAUUUUGCCACGUACUUCGGAAGAAGAGAGGCAAGAACUCAGACAACAGAUUGGAACAAAACUUGUCCGGAGACUUAGUCAGAGACCAACCACUGAGGAGCUGGAGCAAAGAAACAUUUUAAGACCAAAAAAUGAAGAGGAAGAGCAAGAAGCAAGAAGAGAACUGAAACGAAGGCUUACAAGAAAGCUCAGCCUGAGGCCGUCAGUAGCUGAACUUCAGGCCAGACGCAUCUUGUGCUUCAAUGAAUACGUAGAGGUCACAGAUUCUCUGGACUAUGAUCGCCGAGCUGAUAAACCCUGGGCAAGGUUAACGCCAGCUGAUAAGGCUGCAAUACGUAAAGAACUAAAUGAAUUUAAAAGCACUGAAAUGGAAGUGCACGAAGAAAGCAAACAGUUCACAAGAUUUCACCGUCCUUAGUGAGAUCCAAAACGUGGUCAAGACUAUAUUGGAAAUUUGUUAUAAGGAAGUAACUGUAUAAUUCCGGAUGACAUCACUUUGCACAGGACCUGGAAUGUAUUGUGCUGAUUUGUUUUCAAACCUGGGUCAGGCAGUGUCAGCAUUGCAGCUCAAGAUGCAGAAUGAACAUUGAAAGUUCUGCUGCUGGUUUUGAUGGGUUUGCAAAUGUUCGUCUAUAGAAACUGUGCCUCGCAUAGGCCAUCAGGUGUCUUGUGUGCUGAUUAAAGACAUAAAGGACAGCCAAUCAGUUUCAAUUAGCAAGGAAGUGAUAACCAGCCUUACACCGCAUUAAUUAAGGAUAUAAAAAAAUACAUUUAUUGUAUUUAUAACUUAUAUGGGAUAAGCUGAAAAAAAUAAAUGCAGUCUACCCUCAAUAUCAAUUGAACGUCACAUGCUUCCUGCAAAGUGCAGCUUGCCCACAUAAAGAAGUAUUUUUGAUGACUUCUUGGUUUAUUUGAACUUUUUUUUACAACUUUUCGGUCUCUCAAGUAUAAGCAGAUGUCUUAUUUCAUCACUUUUUUUUUUAUAAAUCCUAAGCAGAGGCAUUAUCUUUACCAAGAAACCAGAUCUAAGGAGAAUGUUUUAUUGCUCACAUUAACACAAUUGUUGCUAUAAAGGCCAACUGGAUUAUGCAUUAUCACAAAAGAAAUAUUAUAAGAUAAAAGUUCAUUAUUUCCUAAAAUUGUAAUAAUUUUACUGUGGAUAAAGAGCACCAACAAGUAAAGGAAUAUCAACUUUCGUCAAUGUGCCCAUAAUCCUUUGUGUCUACAAUGUGAUCAUUGAUUAUAUAUAGUGGGGAAUUAUUUCCAUUCUUCAUUAGACAUUCAAUACAGGAAGCGUUUUGACAAUCUGACCACUACCCAGUUCAGUACUAACAUCACAUAGUAAGUGGCUGGAAGGUAGUAAGUGGCUGAAGAGGAAGGUAGUAAGUGGCUGAAGAGGAAGGUAGUAAGUGGCUGAAGAGGAAGGUAGUAAGUGGCUGAAGAGCUUCUUCAUGUUGGUCCUUCUAAACUGCUGUUAAAAUGAUGUUCGCAUGCAGAUCAAUAAACCAUUAUUAUAAAUUUUGAGACAA